GACCUUUAUUCUGAAGCUUUGUACCCAACUGCUUAUUUUUUCCUGAUGUCACUCAUUUUAGCUUAAAUGUUUGCAAAAUGAAGUUGAUCAGAGGAAGCAAUAGUUUAAAAAUAAGGUUUAUUAAAACAGGAACAACCACUGACAAAGCUGCAGAAGAAAGAUUUUUACAGUGUAGUUUUCAUUUUAUUAGAUCUUUUGUCAGGAGGUAUGUUGCUCCUAACUACAUCUAUAAAUGCCUUUUGAACCCCAUAUACAAUAGGCUAAGGCUAGCUAAUGCUGAUGUGGUCUUAGCCUUUCAGCUGGAUCAGGUUAGGAAGCAAAUGUUUCUUUGUACUUUGGGUGUUAAGUGGCCCCUUGGUGCAUUUAGCUGGUCAAGAUGCCUCAGCAUUUUCUAAUGCUCUUUAAUAAUGUUAGCUUUAGAUUUGCAUGUGCUUGAACAAGAGGGUUCGUGAGGCUCCCUAAGCAAUUGCUUCCGCUCAUGCUCAUCCCCCUCACAGAAGAAAGCAGAAAGUAGUUUGGGGUAUGAGGAAGGCUCCCCAGCGCUGCAGGGAGAGGCUGCCACGUGCUUGCCUGUUCCUUUGUAGCUUUGACAAGAAAGUCGCGUGUGCCUCACUGCUACCUGUAUGCUGAUCGGCCAGCCCUGUAAAGGCUGCCGGUGGUGUCCUGCAGCACUGAUGCUGGUGAGAGGCACGCCAGGAGCAGCGGCAGCUCGGGCUAUUGCCCGGGACCUGCUGAGGGUGCAUCUGCUCUGGGGAGCUCACGUCCCACACAGCCAGAUGCCGUGUGGAUGAAGCGUAGGUGGCCGUUAAGGCCAGCCACAUGUUUUCAGCAACAGCUUUGGGUCUGGAUUAGUUUUAUAAUCCAUCAUCGUUUUAUUUAAUAGCCUUCAGAGCAGUAUUUUGGAAAGCAUGAUCUGUCUAGCGUGGGCUGAUGACUGCCCUGGUUUUGGUGGAGGGGAUGGGUGCCUUCCUGCAGCACAGCCUGAAGUACUCCACUGUGGGCUCUGGCCAGGUCCAUGAGCCGCUAUCAAAACUAGUUUUCUACCCCCAAAUAUGCACAGUGCAUGGUUAGUCUCUUAUUUCACACGACUAGAACCAUGUUCAUCUCCGCAGGUGACGUUUGUCCUGGUGCAGCCAUGCGGCGAUUUCCUUGAUACCUGACUGGAGAAACUCGGGCUGGUUUCGGAAUAGACUCGGAAACCUUUUGUUGUUGUUGUUGUUUUUUUCUUAGCAGGAACACUUUUUCCUUGGUAUCAUUAUUACUACCUACAAGCCGAAGCGGGGCGGCGGCAAUGGCGGCGGCCGCCUUCCCUCGGCGCCGCCCGGGGGCGGAGCUCGCGCCUUUUGGCGCCAAGCCGGCCCAGCCUCUCGCGCUGCGCGCCGCCCGGCCAUGGCCGCCGCCGCCGUGCCCGGCUACUCGCCCGGCUUCAAGAAGCCGCCGGCGACGCUGCGGCUGAAGCGCAAACGGCUGCGGAGGAGCGACCCCGCCGCGGCCGCCGCUCCCGCUCCCGCUCCCCCGCCCUGCGGCGCGGCCCCGCGGGGCCCCUCCGCGCCCGCCCGCCGCAACCCCUUCUCCAGCCUGGACAACGCGCCGCGGGCGGCCGGCUCCCCUCAGCCGCUGGAGCGGGCCCGGCGGCCGCCGCCGGCGGGCGCGUCCCCCUCAGCAGCGCCCUUCUGGCAGCUUUUAGAGCCCGUUUGUGAAAAUAAGCCUGCCCGGAGAGCAGAGCCGCCUGAAAGAACAAACAUCCUCGCCCUAACUGAGGCUCUUCAUUUACCUGUUGCUGUACCAGAAGUUCCCUCCUUACCAAGCCAUGAAUUUCCUGCAGACUGGAGUAUUAAAACACGACUUCUAUUUAUGUCUUCCAAACCUUUUACCUGGGCAGAGCAUUUAAAAGCACAAGAGGAAGCUCAAGGAUUUGCUCAGCAUUGUAGAGCUACAGAAACAAACUUGCCACAGAGCAUACAGGAACCAAAACUGUCGACAGAACUGCGUUGUGCCUUUCAGCAAAGCCUCGUCUACUGGCUUCACCCUUCACUGCCAUGGCUGCAGCUGUUCCCUCGGAUUGGAGCAGACAGAAGAAUCGUUGGAAAGGCUAGUCCCUGGUCACAGGAUGAAGCCUUGCAACAGGCACUAAUGAGCGACUGGUCCGUCAGCUUUACUUCUCUGUACAAUCUGCUCAAAGCCAAACUCUGUCCCUACUUCUACGUAUGCACCUACCAGUUCACUGUCCUGUUCCGCGCAGCUGGUCUUGCGGGAAGCGAUGUCAUCACAGCUCUAGUUUCUCCCACAACUAGAGGUUUAAGGGAAGCCAUGAGAAAUGAAGGCAUAGAAUUUUCUUUACCUUUGGUAGAAGAAAGUAGAACCAGAAAACAGAACAACUCUGAAGUGAAUUUGGAAACAGAAGUUGCCAACAGCCUCGAAGUGGGCAACAACACGGAAGCUGGAGGGGAACCAGCUCCAAGCGAUGAUGAUGAUGAUGAUGAUGAAAGUUUCUCUUGGCUUGAGGAGAUGGGAGUCCAAGACGAGGUGAAGAAACCAGAUACUAUUUCUAUUAAACUUCGUAAGGAGAAGCACGAGGUACAGAUGGAUCACAAGCCCGAAUCCCUCGCGCUAGUGAAAGGAACAAACACCUUCACCUUGCUGAACUUCUUGAUAAACUGUAAGAGCCUAGUAGCUGUUGCAGGUCCACAAGCCGGGCUUCCACCAACUCUGUUGUCCCCCGUUGCUUUCCGAGGAGGAACAAUGCAGACGCUCAAAGCUCGGAGGAUAAAUGCCAAAGCCAGAGUUCACUCGGCAUACGAGGACAUCUUCAGUCUGGAGAUCGUAGGCCCUGUCAUGCCUCAUGCCCUGCACUCCUUGACCAUGCUGCUGAAGGCCGCGCAGAGGGGAGCGUUCUCUGCUGUACUCUACACGCAUGAGCCAACUGCUGUGUUUAACACUAAUCCUGACAGCUCAAGCCCUGCCUUAAAUAAGGAAACCGUACACAAAGAUCUUGCAACGUGUGGACUGCAUCCUAAGACUUUGGAACAACUGAGCCAGUGUCCAACAUUGGGAAAAGCUUCCAUCCGGUUUCUGGAAAUGAAGGAUUAUGCUUAUACCUGGAAGUCCUAGGUUUCAUUUACUGGAAAAGAACACUCUUUUCCAGUGUGCAGUUGCUGUACUUCAUUUGGGUCUCCAGGGGCAGCACCUACGCGGUACCGGAGGGAUGUAAUCUAGUUGAACAUCACAGACAACAGCUAUUGCACAUCACCCAUCAUAAAACACUUCAAAGGAUUUUUGAUGGAAAUUAAGGAAGAGCUUCUUUAUAUUUUAGAAAGCCUUUUUAAAAUAAAACUCGAUAAAACAUUA